GAGCAAAAAGGAUUUCCGUCAGUUUGUUAAAGCAAAUGAAGUUUAUGGAAGAGAUAAUCUUGAUAAAAUUUGUAAGGCAGUUGAAGACAAAACACCAGACGAAGUCCUGAAAUAUUGCUCAGUGUUUUGGGACCGAUUUCAAGAGCUACGCAAUUGUAAUCGUAUUCAGUCAUAAAUUGAGCUCGGUGAGGCAUCAAUUGAGCGAUUGAAAGCAAUCAAGAGAACUCUAGAUAACAAGAUGAAGUCGUAUCAAGAUCCAUUCACAGAGCUGCAAAUCGUGUAUGGUAAGAAAAAGCCAAAAUCGAUACCCACUAGAGCCAUGGGUUUUACUGAAGAAGACGAUCGAUUUUUGAUUAGCACAUUGCAUAUGCUUCUCAACUCCGAAUUUUAUUCUGAUGUUUGGGAACAAUUAAAGGAGGCCACUGAAUCAGCACCUGGUUUCCAGCAUAGCCGCAUCUUCAAGAAAAGUUCACCUUCUGAUUUGAAGAAACGCUGUAAGCACUUGAUUACGAUGAUAAACAAAGAAUUGCAACCACCUAUUAAUGACAUAGAAAAGGCCAAGAAAUACCAAGAAAGGAUGGAGAUAAAAGAAAAAAGAGACAGGGAAAGGAAAGAAGAAAAAGAAAAAAGAGACAAGGAAAGGAAAGAAGAACAAGGUGGUGCACUGUAG